GCCCAGCGGCUUCCGAGGCGGCCGUUGGCCGUGCCCGCGGCUUGGGUGGUUGUCUUGGAGAAGCAAGAUGGCGGCGACGGCGGCGACGGUGGUGGCCGAGGAGGACACGGAGCUGCGGGACCUGCUGGUGCAGACCCUGGAGAACAGCGGCGUCCUGAAUCGCAUCAAGGCGGAGCUCCGGGCAGCGGUGUUCUUAGCCCUGGAGGAGCAGGAAAAGGUAGAGAACAAAACUCCUUUAGUCAAUGAGAGCCUGAAAAAGUUUUUGAAUACGAAAGAUGGACGCUUAGUGGCUAGUCUUGUUGCAGAAUUUCUUCAGUUUUUUAACCUUGACUUUACCUUGGCUGUUUUUCACCCUGAAACCAGCACAGUAAGAUUCCAAGGUUUUGAAGGUCGAGAGAAUUUAGCCCGAGACUUAGGUAUCAUUGAAGCUGAAGGAACUGUGGGUGGACCCUUGCUAUUAGAAGUGAUUAGACGCUCUCAGCACAAAGAGAAAGGGAUUGCUGGUGGGGAGGGUGCCUUGGAGCUAUCUGAUGUACAUUCUCCAUCAAAGUCACCAGAAGGAAAAACAAACUCAAACACAAUCCCAAGUAAGAUACCAAGGUAUAAAGGACAAGGUAAGAAGAAGACAAGCGGGCAGAAGUCUGGUGACAAGAAGGGCAGCCUGGAUGUUAGUCAAAGUGAUACAAGUAUCUCCUCAUCGGAACAGAAGAGCAAAAGCAGUCUGCACUCAUUGGCUCAUGAAACAAAAAUUGGAUCUCUCUUCAGCAAUACCUCUUUAGAUAUCAAAGACAAAGCUGGCCUUGGUCCCGAUGAAGAUGAUAUGGAAGGGGACUCAUUCUUUGAUGAUCCCAUUCCUAAGCCAGAAAAAACUUAUGGCUGGAGAAGUGAACCCAGGAAGCAAGUGGGAAGCCUGGCCUCGCUCUCAGAUGCACCACCCUUGAGGAGUGGACUCAGCUCCCUGGCCGGAGCCCCUUCCUUAAAGGACUCUGAGAGUAAAAGAGGAAGCGCCGUUUUGAAAGAUCUGAAGUUAAUCAGUGAAAAAAUUGGCUCACUUGGGCUAGGCACUGGAGAAGAUGACUAUGCCGAUGACUUUAAUAGUGCCAGUCAUCGCUCAGAAAAAAGCGAACUGAGUAUUGGUGAGGAGAUCGAGGAAGACCUUUCUGUGGGAGUGGACGACAUCAGUGCCAGCGAUAAACUUGAAAAUCUCACACAAGACCUGACAGUGUCCCAGCUCAGUGAUGUCGCCGACUAUCUGGAAGAUGUGGCGUAGGCCCGAAGAAGGAAGUGUUCUCAUCCACAAAGACAAGGGCAGGGGCUCAUCCACUCCAUUUGUUUUGUGUGUUUCAGACAAUCAUUUUUAGCUGGAAUGUCUGCUCCCUAUCGGUGCCUUGCAUUUCAAAAAAGACUUGCAGAUAUUUUUAAAAUUAACUUUUCAUUUUAUGAAACAAAAUACUUCCCUGUAUGAGCUCAUGUGUGUAAGAUGCAAACGACUCUUGUUUUGGUUUAGCUGUACACUUCCUCGAGGAGAUUGAUAGUGUGCACUCAGUGCAUGACCGGGAGGCACUUGUGUGCCGGGCGCAUAGAGCGGUCACGCAGCUGUGGUCUGGUCCAGCUGGCCCCCAGCGUGGCGGCCAGGGCGCGAGCUCUUGGGAGCCUUGCCUUGGUGUAGGCUCUGAAGGCGGGGCCCGCCCACCCGGGCGUUUGGAAUCAGGCGCCUCACUCGGCACCUACGGGUGCGAUGGCCUGGUACACUCGUGUUGUCGUAUUCCUAUGAAACUUGAUGCAUCCACUUGAACUUGUAUUUCCUUCCAUUUGGAAGGGUUGUUAGACCACUGAGGUUUUAUUAAAGUACUCUUGUGUGUGCUGUUUAGUUCUGAUUGUCUUAAAGGAACCUAGAAAUGGUUAUGACUUUUAAUUCAGAAUUGUGGAUAUCAUAUUUACAGUCACUGUUCUACGUGUGGUCCGUGUACACAGCUCCUUCACAAGUUCUCUUCAUGACGUAACUUAUUACUUGUAAAGAUGCCUUGAAAGAUAUUAAAACCCAAAUGCAUCUGAAACCACUAUGCAGUGCUUUUAUUUCAGAUCUGUAAGGUGACUGUAUUUAAAUCCAAAUUGGAAUGAAAUAGUAGUGAUGGCCUAA